AACAAACCUUUAAGUAGUGGUAGCGCCACGUUGUUUUUCCGAAAAGAUUUUCGUUCAUUAUCAAAAGUGCUGCAAAUAGGUGGGUAACGAUAACCCUGUUACUGUUAUGUCUUUGAGACUGUUAUCUCGUCAUUCUUUCAAUAAUUUCACAAGGCUUUAUUCUUCAGCAACUAGUAUCAUGGAAAAACACGGUGUUGUGCCCGAUGUUAUCGAGAAAGCUCCACAAGAAGUUGCAAAGGUAAGUUAUCCAAGCGGGGCAAAAGUCGAACUUGGCAAUGAGUUGACUCCAACUUUAGUCAAAGAUAUCCCGACAGUAAAAUGGAAUGCCGAUAGUAACUCACUCUAUGCCGUGUGUAUGACCGAUCCUGAUGCACCAAGCCGCGAGCAACCAACUUACAGAGAAUGGCAUCAUUGGUUGGUGGGAAAUGUACCUGGAGAUGACAUUUCCAAGGGUGAAACCUUAUCUGCCUACAUCGGCUCUGGACCUCCACAGGGUACAGGUCUACAUCGUUAUGUCUUCCUGAUCUACAAGCAGCCUGGAAAACUUACUUUCGACGAGAAGAGAUUGCCCAACAACUCUGGAGAUGGAAGGGGUUGUUUCUCUAUUAAAAAAUUCGCUGAAAAAUAUAAUUUGGGACAACCAAUUGCUGGCAACCUGUACCAAGCUUGUUGGGAUGAUUACGUACCAAUUUUAUAUAAGCAACUUGAAGGUUAAGGUUGUUUAGAACUGAUUAUUUGUUAUUACUACAUAAAUUGACCUUUCUUAGAUUUUUUCUUUUAUUUCUUAUUUACUAUGGG